UAUUUCUCUUUAUUGGUAUUUCUCUCUUUUGUUUUCACAGCAGAUGGGUCAAACUAUCAGCCAAUGUGGAGUCCCUGACUGAGUAGCUGGGAACUGAGCACCUAAUAUGUUCAAAAUUGGGCUCCGUGUAAUUUGUUUCCAAUGGCAAUAUCCAAUUUAGAAAACUCCAAAAACUGGCAACUGAGUCAUUCAGUGGCUGCCUGUCCUGGUUAUUAGUAACUGGACCGGGGUCUUGGGCUUGGCAGACUCUCGCUGUACUGAACUCGUUUCCCCUACAGACCAGGUGAGUACUGGUGAAGAGAAGCCGCACAAGGUGGUGUCGUCUGGAGCGGCGCCCCGUGGCCUCUGACUGAAGCAGCCCAGGACGCAAACAAUGAAAAACCUGGUCGCCGCUGGGUCCUGGCGGCGGUCCCAGUCCCAAUCGUCCCUCCCAGAGUCCAGAGGCCCGGAACGACCGGCGAGCAGGCGAAAAGCGCCUGCUGAAGCACAGACUCCACCUUCCUUCCUUCCAUUCAUUCCCUCCCGCCUCUGCCACUGGGACGAGGCCGCCAGGUGUGCCCGGGACCUUUUUAAAUACACACUCUUUUUAUGCCCCCUCUCUGUUCACCCCACAGGAAACCUGUCGCCGUCGCAGUCCCUAGAGGCUGUGCAGGAAGCUAAGUCGGGUGGCGAUCAGCAAAUAACAGCACACGAAAAACCACUAAGACGUUCUGACCAAGCCAACUGCAGAUCCAAGGAGCGCGAGAUCGGAAAUAGGAGGGGAUUGACUCCCUUUACUUCCCGUAGACGCCCAGGACGCGGGACCCGAGGCCGGACGGCAGCCCUCCGCGGACAAACAGCUCCAGCAAGCUCAGUCUCGGGACAAGUAUCUCAGUUUCAAUCUGGAUAACUUUUAUGUGAAACAUAGUUAAAAUCUUAUCAUUGGAGAAAGAUUCCAAUCAACAGAGUCUACAUUAAAUUGGAAAAAAAUUAUGUUGUCUUUAAACGACCUUCAAAAUGUCAUCCAUAACCCGACAAUCCCUUAUGUUGGCACUAUUUCUGAGCAGCUGGAGCCUGGAUCCUUGAUUGUUAUCCGAGGCCAUGUUCCUAGUGAUGCUGAGAGAUUCCAGGUGGACUUGCAGUGCGGCAGUAGUGUGAAGCCCCGGGCUGAUGUGGCCUUUCACUUCAACCCCCGCUUCAAACGGGCCAACUACAUUGUCUGCAACACACUGACAAACGAAAGAUGGGGAUGGGAAGAGAUCACCUAUGACAUGCCCUUCCAAAAAGAAAAAUCUUUUGAAAUUGUGAUCAUGGUGCUGAAGGACAAAUUCCAGGUUGCUGUGAAUGGAAAACAUACUCUCCUCUAUACCCACAGGAUUAAGCUAGAGAAAAUAGACACGCUGGGCAUUUAUGACCAUGUGAAUAUUCACUCGGUUGGCUUUAGAUUCAGCUCGGAUUUACAAAGUACCCAAGCAUCUACUCUAGGACUGACAAAUAUGAAUAGAGAAAAUGCACUGAAGUCUGGCAUUUCACAGUUUCCUAGUAAUAGAGGAGACAUUUUAAAAAUCAUACCACAAUCUGCGUACACCAAGAGCAGAGAUUCGACUGUCAAUCACAGUAGGAUUUGCACCAAAAUGCUACCUAUCAACUGUUUGUCAAAGACCCUGCCCUUCGAAGCAAGGUUGAAUUCUCCCAUGGGCCCUGGACGGACUGUUGUCGUUAAAGGAGAAGUGAAUAUGAAGGCCAAAAGCUUUAAUAUUGAUCUAAUAGCAGAAAAAUCAAAGACUAUUGCUCUACACUUGAACCCACGUCUGAAUAUUAAAGCAUUUGUAAGAAAUUCUUUUCUUAAUAACGCCUGGGGAGAAGAAGAGAGAAAUAUAACCUUCUUCCCAUUCAGUCCUGGGAUGUACUUUGAGAUGAUAAUUUAUUGUGAUACUAGAGAAUUCAAAGUUGCUGUCAAUGGCGCACACAGUUUGGAGUACAAGCACAGAUUUCGGGACCUGGGCAGCAUUGACACGGUGGCCAUCAACGGCGAUAUCCGCUUACUGGAAGUCAGGAACUGGUAACCCCAAAUAUAGAAUGGCUGCGAUCCUGGCUGUGUCAAAAUGCAUCCCACUGUUACCACCUUAUUUAAAUGGCACUUGUGUAGCAUUAAGUCCCGCUGUUGUCCUACUGGCCUGAAAGGGAAAUCCCAGGCCAUAGCCACUUUACAGCUGUGAAGCGACUGCUUUCUCCCCACAUGGCCUUUUUCAAAACCACUCAAGAAGUAUUUAUGAAGUGCCUACUGAAACACAGCCACCAACUGGCAUUGAGCACAUUAUUUUCUGUCAGCACUGUGAUGGCAGCAGGCAGGCACAGACGAUGGUGCAGUCAGUGUCCCUCUUUUCCAGAGCUGUGCCACUGUGCGCUACCUGCCUUUUUGGGUUCAUUGGGUUAAGGGCCCAGCUGUUAACAUAAAAUAAUAAUUUCCUGAAGAUACUACUUCCCCAGUGACUCCUUUCACAAUGAGCAUUUUGUCAUGUCCCUUGCAGGAGGACUGACGUUGACUUUCCUCUGCCAAUGCAUCUGUAGCAUAACAGGCAUGUAGCUCUCCUUGCUGUAAGCUUUACCAAAUAAUCAUCAUGAAUGACAUCUGAGCAUAGCAGAAAAGUUAAGGCCGAAAACAAAAACCCAAUUAACCAACCAAGCAACCAAAAAAACAAGCCCCAAGCAAAUAAAAAAAAACCAUGGUGUUGACGCUGUUGAGCAGCUGAUCUCUGUUGCCACAAGUUUUGAGGUGCAGGCCUGUGUGCAUACUCGGUGAGCUUAAGGCAGAGGCUAGAUAAUUCCGUCUGUUAAACACAUGUGGGCAAUGACAUGAUGUCAAAUGACUUGUAGUGAAUAGGCACUGUGAGAAAGCAAAUCUACUGACGAGAGACCAAUAAAAGAAAGCAGAGGCAGCGUAAAAAUGUUUGCGUGCAAACCAGCACUCACCUCUGCUCUUCUGAAGAUUAGUCCAGCAGUGGCAGUGAGAUCAAAACAUUGUUCUGCUUUAAGUGAUUAAAAUCAAACCUGUAUGAGCAAGUUAAACUGUUGCAUUUCUGUAAUGUUUCUAUUAUUUGAAGGGAAUUGGCAGAAGUUCAUGUAGCAUCUUUACAGGUCAGAUCUUGUUGCAGAUUUCAAAGGCUCAGGCCUGUGGAAAAUAAGCUAAAUCGGUCAGAUCAUUUUAUCAUAUUAACUGCUGGGGCAGAAUUCUAUCAUUGUUUAGGAAGAUUUUCAUUACAGAAUUGGUUAUUGUAUCCAUGUAUUAAAAAGCAUACCAUUAUUAAUUAAUGGUAAUUAAUUAAUCUUGUUUCUUAAAAAAGUACUCAUUGUAGAAGCUGCUAGCCCUUAAUUCUUUCAUGUUAACUUACUGUGUCAAGACUCAAGAGGACAUGGUGUGUGUACGUGUGUGGGGGUAGCUGUAGGAGGCAUAAAGGUUCUAGAAUUCCUGAGGAUUAUUUCUCCUUCAUAAAGAACAGCCAAAUGUACAACUGAGAUAAUCGGAAACCAAAAGGCACUUGGGGAAAAAAUAAAAGCCCCCCGCUCCCCCACAGUUUCCUGUUGUCUUUAAAAAUUCAUUUUCACUUUUGUUUUAUAUAGAGCUGUUAAGACUCUGAUAGAAAAAAGUCAAUCUUAAGUUUUUUUAAAAGGCUACUAAUUUACUAAUGAACUUUAUCAAUACCCUUAAGUAGAACCAUGUAUUUCUAACAAGCUUUAUCUCAAAAUCACAAGUUGGCUUUUUGCUUAUAUAAUUCUCCACAUUUCUGUAUUAAAGAUCAAAGGCAACUCAA